AUGCAGGUAGGAGUCUGUCUGAGACAGGAUACUGAGACAACACUACCAGAGCUCACUGAGCAGCACAGGAUCAGACAGAAAGAAGAGGAACUCAGUGGACUGGAGCCUGUCCACAUGGCAGAGUCAGAGACAGAGUGUGCUGCAGGAGGACUCAACACACUGGAGCCAGAGUGUGUUACAGCACACAGCAGGGAGCUGCACUUCUGCACACCUUUGAGUAGCAGUAUGAUGCAGGGCGGAGUCUGUCUGAGACAGGACACUGAGACAACACUACCAGAGCUCACUGAGCAGCACAGGAUCAGACAGAAAGAAGAGGAGCUCAGUGGACUGGAGUCUUUCCACAUGGCAGAGUCAGAGCCAGAGUGUGUUACAGUACACAGCGGGGUCAGUGAUGUACAUCACACACACUCAUCACUUAUUAAAACAGAAACUGAUCUGGGCUUCCCCCACACUGGGGAUCUUAAGACAGAGAGCCUAGACAGUACAGAGCUGGGAUAUGUAGCCCAUCUGCAUCAUGACCAAAUUAAAACAGAAGCUGAUGAUGGAGGAUACUUUAAGUCAGAACACAUCAGUGACUUACAAGAUAUUGAUUGUGUUAAUAUUAAAUCUAAUCAAAUGAAGUGUGAAUACAGUGAAAGUUUAGUGAGUGAUCUUAUUAUUGAAGCUGGUGUUGAUGACGGAGACCAGACUGAACCAAGGCAAUCUCCUGGAGAGCCAAACCGAAACUGUGAAAAAGAAGAAUCCAUAAAUCAUCAUUGUGACAUAAACAAUGAAAAUAAUCAGACCACAUUUAUCCAUAAAAGUACAAGCAGUUGCAGCAAACAUAUACAUUCUCAGAGAAUGAAUGUGAUAAUUGAACCCCCUUUAAUUAAGUCAAGUAAAAACCCAAGCCCUUUGAAUGUCUUUCAAUACAAGGUUAUUCACAGAAAUAAAUGUGAAAAGUCAUACAAGUGCAUACAAUGUAAGAAGUGUUUUCAUACAAGAUAUGAUUUAAAUACACACCUCAGAAUUCAUACAGUUCAAAAGCCCUACAGAUGUUUUGAAUGCAAGAAGUGCUUUUCCCAAAUAGGUCAUUUAAAUUGCCACCAGAGAAUUCAUACAGGUGAAAAGCCAUACAAGUGUACUCAGUGCGAGAAGUGUUUUCGUACAAAUUCUUGUUUGAAAAAACACAUGAGAAUUCAUUCCGGUGAAAAGCCCUACCAAUGUAUUCUGUGUGGGAAGUGUUAUUCCCAAGCAGGUCAGUUAAGUAGUCACGAGAGAAUUCAUACAGGUGAAAAGCCCUACACAUGUCAUCAGUGUGGGAAGGGCUUUUCUGAAAAAUCUAAUUUAAAUAACCAUAAAAGAAUACAUACAGGUGAAAAGCCAUACAAGUGUACACAAUGUGGGAAGUGUUUUAGUGCUAGUUCUGCUUUAAAUCAACACCUGAGAAUCCAUACAGGUGAGAAGCCUUACAAAUGUACUCAAUGCGGGAAGUGUUUUUCCCAAAUAUCUAAUUUAAAUUGCCACCAGAAAAUUCAUACAGGUGAAAAACCAUACAAAUGCAUUCAGUGUGGGAAGUGUUUUAACACAAAAUCUUAUUUAGAUACACACCUGAGAAUUCAUAGAGGUGAAAAGCCAUACAAGUGUACGCAGUGUGCCAAGUGUUUUUCCCAUAUAACUAGAUUAAAUUACCACCUGAGAAUUCAUACCGGUGAAAAGCCAUACAAGUGUACACAGUGUGAGAAGUGUUUUAAUAACAAAUCUGGUUUAAAUCAACACCUGAGAAUCCAUACAGGUGAGAAGCCUUACAAAUGUACUCAAUGCGGGAAGUGUUUUUCCCAAAUAUCUCAUUUAAAUUGGCACCAGAAAAUUCAUACAGGUGAAAAGUCUUAAAAAUGUCUUCAGUUUGGGAAGUGCUUUUUGGCUGCAAGUAAUUUGAAAAGCACUCUGUGUGAGAAAUGAGAUUUUUCUACAAAUCUCAUAUAAUUUAAGCAAUGAAAAUUGGAGUGGACAGUCUUUCACACGUACUUAAUGUUUUGACAAAAAUGUCAUGUUUAUGGCCAAGAAGAAUUCCUACAGGUGUAACCUGACAAAUUACUCAUGUAGUG